UCCUACCCUUACCCCAAAUUUGAGAAAAAUGAAGAAAACAUUACUUCCAUGGCUGCUCUUGAUGAUCCUAACAUCAAGCUUGGCUCUCACAAAUAGCUCUUUCCUGUUGAAACAUCAUCAAGGUGACGUUAACCUCUCAAGGCUACAGGGACAAGAAACUAAUGGUGUGAAACUUAAUGGAUCAGAAGGAAAUUAUGGACGAGAGACAAACAAAGACCAAGGAGAUUUGCUUGUUUCAGAAAAGGGACAGAGAGGGAAAACAGGAGUUUUUGGUGGUGGAAAUUCUGCACAUCGCCCCCAUCAAAAGAAAAGUAGUGCAACACCCCGCCCUUGUUAUAUCAUCGCAGAAACCACGCUGUACGUAAGCUUCAGUGUGGUUCUUAUUCUUACCUACAAAUUGCUCUAAGAUGUUCUGUUUGAUUCGGACACGUCUCUGUGUAGUCAGUGUGAGAGCUAGUUAUGAAAUUUUCUCACGGUGUGAUGAGAGAGAUCGUUUGUUCAGCUUCCGAUUUAGAGUUUCUUUCAUUGGAUCAACUUGG